AUGCGCGUUGGUCUCGUCGCCCUGCUAGCGAGCGCGACUGUGACAGACUCUCCGGCUCGAACGUCACGCCUCGACAACGACCAAGGCCUCGGCAACUACAAAGGCGGCGUCGAGCACGAAGCUGACCUCAAGCAGCAAGAGUGCUUCGCGCAGCAAGAGCUCUUCGGUUUCGAGCAAGGCCUCCUCGUCGAGCAAGACCUCCUCAUCGAGCAAGAGUCCCUCCGUCACCAAGGCAUCAUCGACGAGCAAAGCGUCCACCACUACGACGAAAGCCUCCAGUACGUCGCAGACCAGCAGGUCCUCGUCUGUAACAAAAGUCCCGACCUCGCCUCCAACCACCGCCUCUGCGUCCGCCUCUUCUGGUUCGACUUCCGCUGCUACAACGACGAGCUCGACGACUACGACAUGCGCACCGCUAAGACGACCAACUCGAACAAGCUCACGCUAGACGGGUCGCCCUUCACCAUCGUUGGCCCCAACAUCUUCUGGCUUUGCCAAGGUCAGGACUACGGACCUAUCGGCAACUACACGGACAAGGCGAUGAUCCGGGCACUCUCUUGCGGCAUCUCGACUGGCACCGCUGGCGGCACGAACCCGUACAGCCUCGAGCCGACUCGGGGCACCUUCAACAACGCCGCCUGGGAUAUCCGCGACUACGUUCUUUACGCUGCGAAGCAGUAUGGCCUGCGCGUGAUUCUCACGCUCACGGACAACUACGCCUACUACCAUGGCGGCAAGUACGACUUCCUCAACUGGCGCAACGUGAGCACCGCGAACAAGGGUGCAGCGUUCUAUACCAAUAAGGCGGUCAUUGGUGACUUUGAGACUUACAUCACCAAAUUCCUGACGCGUGUCAACUCGUACACUGGCGUCGCUUACAAGGACGAUCCGACUAUUAUUGCAUGGGAGACGGGAAACGAGCUCGGAGGCUACAUCAACGCCGAGGUCUGGCCGCCCGCAUCGUGGACGACCGCUAUCAUCGCAUGGAUUCGCAAGUAUGACACGAAGCACUUGAUUAUCGACGGCACGAAUGGCUUUUGGAACUACACGACCGGCGCGACCUCGCCCGGCUUGAACAUCUCAGGCGUAGACAUCGUUUCGGAUCACGGCUACCCUCGCAAUACCGGCAUCAUCACGAAGGAACUCGCACUCGCCAAAGCCGCUCGCAAGAGCUUCCUCAUCGGCGAGUACGACUGGACGACGCAGAGCUCAACCUCGCUCGCGACGUACCUCAAGUUGAUCGAGUCUUGGAAACCUCUGGUCGGCGACAUGUUCUGGUCUCUGCAAGGACGUGACCCGCAGUGCUGCAACUUCAUCAAGCAUGGAGACGGCUACUCAAUGUACUAUCCCAACGGGGGUACAACUGCCGAAACCGCCAAUAUGCUGCUCGUCGCCCAGCAUUGGUACCGCAUGACGAACCGCACGCCGCCAACACAGCUCGUCGGCGUCACAUGCCCGCAACCCGUCUUCUGA